GAUGUGGGCGCAUGACGGUGACGAUCGGAGUCCUUACAUUUUUCUGUUUCUUUUCCUCCCCUACUCCCUGGCCUGCAGCAUGUGGGCGCACGACGGUGGCAAUCUGGACAGCACCCUGGGCCGUACGACCUGCACAGCCUAACCCCACUUCUGCCGCUCCCUCCCACUUAACCCCCGCCUUCUUCCCCCUUCUCUCUGUCGGGCCAUGUGGGCGCACGACGGUGACGAUCCGCUCGCAGUACCUGGGGCCGUACGACCUGCACAACGACAUCUACAACAUGACCUUCUACAACGGCUGCGCCUACAACGUCACCAGCCCGCUGCGCGUGUGGCAGUGCUUCGAGUUCAACAACGUGUGGGAGGGCAUCCUAGCCAACCCCGCGCCCAACCCCACGCAGUACCAGACAGGCGACAUCUUUGUGCAGACCACGCCGGGGUAUUGUGAGAUGCAGAUGAACCGCGGUGCUAGCGGCACUCUGCAGAUGCUCCCCGGGGAGACGGUGAACAUUGUGUAUGCGUGGACGGGGGACUUCCGGCCCUGCGUGCAGGAGCUGCGCUUCGGCAACGGCAACAGCUACUCCAUGACCAACACCACCGAGUGCCAGACUGCUGCCGUCAUCUAG